AUGCCGCCGCCGCGCCGGCUCCGGCUCCAUGCCUUCUUCCUCUUCCUGCUGCCCGUCUUCUUGCUGCUCGCGGCGCGGCGGCCCGCGGCGGCGGCGGCGGCGCUCUCCCCCUUCGCGCUGGCCAAGGCGGACGCCACCACCAUAGUGUGCGCGCUGCUGCCGUCCGCGGCGUCGCCGCUGCUGGUCGACCUCAACUGCACGGCGGCCGGCGGCGACCACGCGCGCCAGGAGACGUACCCGUCCUCGCACCCCUUCGCCGCGCUGGCCGGGGGGGAGGACUUCCUCUGCGCCGUGGGGCCCUCCGGCGAGCGCGCGGGCGACGUCGACAUGCGCUGGUGGGACCUGUCCGCUGACGGCGGCAGCAGGUCCAAGCGGGUUUACAUGGGCCCGCCGCUCCGGGCGCUGUCCUCGGGGGAGUACCGCGUCUGCGGGGUGCUCGACAGCGGGGAGCUCCACUGCUGGCGCUGGCGCGGCCUCAACAUCUCCCGGGACCUCCGCUUCGUCGCCGCCGCCGUCGGGCACGGCUUCGUGUGCGGCAUCCUGAGAGGGACGCCGGCCUCCAUCCGCUGCUUCGGCAACGACACGGUGGCCGUCGCCGGCGCGCCGGCGGACGGGAGCUUCGACGUCGUGGCCGCGUGCCGCCACCGCGCGUGCGCGCUGUCCACAACGGGGGCGCUCAAGUGCUGGGGACGCGACCCGCCGAGGGUCGACGCGGCGGCCACCGGGGGGUACGCGGCGCUGGCAUUGGGGGAGUCGGGCGUCUGCGGCCUGCGCACCAAUUUCACCAUCCGCUGCUUCGGCGACGGCGUCGCCCACCCGCCGGCCGGCCUCACGCGCGCCCAGUUCCUCGACGUGCGCGCGCAAGGCAAGGCCUUCUGCGGCGUGCUCAUGGCCAACUACUCCCUCGUCUGCUGGGGCGGCGCCGAGUUCAACGCCACCAACCGCCUCGUCUUCGGCCGCGUCAUGCCGGGCCCCUGCGUGCCCAUGUCCUCGUGCCAAUGCGGCGUCUUGCCGGGCUCCGCCAACCUCUGCGACGCCGGCCGCUGCGUCUGCGUCGACUGCGCGUUCGAGCUCAACGUCGCCAGGCCCAGCGCGUCGCUCGUCCCCGGGAAGGGCGGCAUGAGCAGGAGGACCAUGUGGAUUGCAAUCGCCGCGGCGGCCGCCGCUUUCCUCGUGUUCUUCGCGGCAUUGCAGUUCGCGCUGUUCCUGUGGUGUCGCCGGCGCCGGCGCCGCCGCCGCGGGAACGAACAGGAUACCUCCGGUGGCGCGCAGCAGUCGCUGAUGCCGGCGAGGCUCGGGUCCAGCAGGAGCAGGGGCCCGGGCAGCGUGGUGGAGCACUUCACGCUGGACAUGCUCCACGCCGCGACGGACGGGUUCUCCGACGACAGCCGGAUUGGGACCGGGAGCUUCGGGUCCGUGUACCGCGGCACCCUCCCCGACGGGCGCGAGGUCGCGAUCAAGCGCGCCGAGGAGUCGGCCAAGGCGUCGAGCUCGGCGGCGCGCCCGGCCCGGCGGCGCGACCGCGAGACGGCGUUCACCUCGGAGCUGACGGCGCUGGCGCGCACCAACCACAAGAACAUCGUGUGCCUGCUGGGCUGCUGCGCCGACUCCGGCGAGCGCGUGCUGGUGUACGAGUACAUGGCCAACGGCACGCUGCACGACCAGCUGCACAGCCGGAGCCCCAUGGCGGCGGCCGUGUCGUCGUGGCGCGGCCGGCUCACCAUCGCGCUGGGCGCGGCGCGGGGCAUGGAGUACAUGCACGUCUACGCCGUGCCGCCCAUCAUCCACCGCGACGUCAAGUCCGCCAACAUCCUGCUCGACGACGCGUGGACGGCCAAGAUCGCCGACUUCGGGCUGUCCUCCGUGCUCGACCCCAGCGCGGGCGCCUGCGCCGGCAGUGACGACGGCGCGCCGCAGGAGCCGAUCUACACGGGGGGCACGGUGGGGUACAUGGACCCAGAGUACUACCGUCUGCAGCACCUGACGGACAAGAGCGACGUGUACAGCUUCGGCGUGGUGCUCCUGGAGCUCAUGUCCGGCUGCCGCGUCGUGCAGCGCUACGCCGAGAGCGUGACGCCCAAGAACGUGGUGGAGUUCGCGGUGCCGCACAUCCUCGCCGACGACGUCGCGCGCGUGCUGGACCCGCGCCUCCCCGCGCCCGCGCCCGACGAGGCCGAGGCGCUGGCCUACGUGGGCUACCUCGCCGCCGACUGCGUGGGCCCCGUGGGGUGCGACCGCCCGUCCAUGACCGAGGUCGUCGACGCCCUGGAGCGCGCCCUCGCCGCCUGCGGGGCGGCGCCGCUCUCCCGCGCCGGCACCGGCCGCCGACCCGUGCUCUCCCGCUCCGGUACCGACCAGUUCGACCUCACCGACACCGACUAG